AUGGCGGCAGGGGUGGUGCUAGGCGGUAGCAACAACGCCCUGGCGCUUUUCGAAGCCGCUGCCCUUCAAAUAGCCCUUAUUCAACUGUCUGAAUUGUCGCCACCAACCAAUAGCGAGUACUUUGACACUAAGGUGCAACACAUCCCUAACUACGACCCGGCCAUCCAAGACUAUGAGGACGCGCCAGUGGCACAUCCCAAGGCUCGUGCUAGCAUGCAGAGGGUGGUGAUUCCUCUCCUUGAGCAGGCGGCUGCUUUGAACCACUCGGAAGCCCUUGUGACUCUAGGAGAUAUUUAUACUUUUGGCAAUUACUCGGCACCCACCAACUACUCACAAGCAUUGGUCUACUAUGAGCGAGCAAUGGCCAUUCAGACCCAUGGCCAUGCCGCCUUCAUGCUUGGUUUUAUGUAUUCCACCGGCUUAUUUGGAGAAAUCAACUCGAAUCCUGCAAAGGCCCAGCUCUACUACCAAUUGGGUAUGGAGGCCGGUGACCCCAACGCCUUGAUGGCCAUGGCGUACCGCCUAAGCACCGGCAUGGGGUGUCCCAUCAAUUGUGAGUUGUCGUUGGUGUAUUAUUCCCAGUUGGCCAGAAUGGGCCAUCAGUUUCUUAUGAACAACCAGGAUCAAAUAGAGCCCAACGAAGUGUCUUUUAACGUCAAGAUCCCUGACUUUAUAGGAGGAAUCUAUGGGCGUGACGUGAGUGAAACCGGUGACUCGGUGGUGGACUCGAAGAAAAAAAUCUUGUACGAUUUCGAACAGGAGUAUAACAUCGACAACCUUGAUCGGAAAAUUGUCGCCAAGUUCUUCCAUGCCUUGGACGAGUACGACGGCCACUAUAGUUCUCCCAAGAACUUCACCAGAGCAAAGGAGUUACUAGAAGAAUGCACCACCUAUGGUGAGACUCUUGUUGGCUAUAGAACACCGCUGUCCCUCGACAUCAAUGAUAGGUACAGACUUAGCGGGUGCCAUGCUUUACUUGGGCACAUGUACUUCAAGGGCCAAGGUAUUCAGAAAGACGUGGAACGGGCCUACCACCAUCUCCGAGCUCUGACCCGGCUCUACAACACUUCUGAUGCCUUGACUGAUAUUGGGUCUUUGUACGAAGAAGGAUUGGUUGAAGAACGAAUACCAAACCCACAACAAGCCAAAGAAUAUUACUCCCAGGCCAUGGCCAUCGAGGAGACUCAUAAGAAUCACGGCUCUCGUCACAGUGGUAGAUCGUUUUAUAAGAUGGCCAGAGCCCUUAUAAAAGAUUCUCCUGCUGGAGAUAUAAUGACUAGCCCUUUCAAAGAUUACAUCGUGAAGACCAUGCAGAAAGCUGCAUCUAAGGGUGAUACAGCCGCUUUGGUAGAAUAUGCUGAAUUCAUUCAAUCGGGUUAUACCAAUGGCAUCACCAAACCAUAUUCAUGCUAUGGAACCCUGAUUUUUAUGCGUGUGUUUAUGGAACGAUUGCAUGGGGUUUAUUUCCCUCACCUAAGUUACGCAUUGGAGCAGUUAAGUGAGUACAACUACAAAAACGCCUUGCUCGGGUUCCUGAUAGCUGCCGAACAAGGUUUAGACAGAGCUCAGGUGUCAGCUGGUUGGCUAUUAUAUCAGUUGGACAAUUUCCCCGUGAAAAAAACCAAGAAGUUCACUCCCGCACGAGUUUCCAGUGCCAUGAAGUACUUCCAAAGAGCUAGUGAUCAAGGUGAUAUCGAUUCGACUUUAUUCCUUGGAGACCUCUACUUCUACGGAGUCGAAUCAGCUGGCAUUUUUCCCGAUCACGGGAGAGCCUUCAAUUUGUACCACGUAGCUGCCGAUGCAAGGUCUCCCCAUGGAUGUUUCAACUUGGCUUACAUGUACGAAUAUGGAUAUGGUGAUGCUAAUGGCACCGUGGAGUAUCACAUGGCCAAAAGAUAUUACGAUCUUAGUUUGAAGUACAGAGACGACAUUUAUUCUGGUAAUGCCAAUCAAAUCCCUACAUACUUGGCUCUCUUGAAACUUCGAGUCAAGUACUAUAUCUGGGGAAAGAAGAGUAGUUUUGACCUGGAGCAGACUUCUUGGUUAAGCGCAUUUAAGAAGUUGGCUGCAAAAGAGAAACAAGAGACUGCAGCCCGGAAAGAAUCAGAAAUUGCUGAUCAACGUGCCAGGCAACAACACGAAGGAACGAAUGGCAACCCCGAAGAUGAGGAGUUUGGGAUUAUAGACUACUUCUUAUUGGUAGUAUCGGCGUUGAUCUUUGCAUCUGUUAUAGUGAAGACUAUUGUACAACAGUACAGACUUUUCCGUAAUAGAAGACAGGCUAAUGCUCCUGGUGAUGCAAACAAUCAACAAAACGCGAAUGACGAACAACCACAGCCAGCCCAACGUGAAGGGUGGAAUUUAAAUGGUGCUGGUGUUGAAUUCCGCAGAGGGAACUUUGAGUUUCAGUUUAUGGCACUCUAA